CGCGCAUAACAGGCUAGUGUGCAUUGUAUAUAUCCCGACGUCGACAACUAAGAAAACAGUGAGCUAAGCUUAUCUUCACAGAGGACUUAAGUCCGUAGCACAUUCCGCUUGUUCUGCGAAGUAGUUGCAACCACUGCAACCUGUGUUAAUAUUUGUUAAACGUUAUAUUUUCUUAACAGUAUACUGUUGCGUCGUCGAAUAAUUUCAUUAAAUGGAGGAGAAGAAGGAAGAGGGGGACUCGGAGAUACAGGAGCACGGACCUGAACACUGGUUCUCAAAAUGGGAGCGGCAGUGUUUGGCCGAAGCCGAGCAGAGAGAGCCCCGGGAGGAAGAGGCCGAAGAGGAGCAGGAUAAACUGUGGCAUCUGUUCCAAAACUCUGCCACCGCCGUAGCACAGCUUUACAAAGAUAGAGUUUGUCAUCAACAAGGCUUGUCACUGUGGGUGCCAUUUCAGAAUGCUGCAACAGCAGUUACAAAUCUCUAUAAAGAAAGUAUAGAGGCUCAUCAGAGGAGUUUUGAUCGUGGCAUUCAAACUGGUCAUCAGCGUCGAAAUAAGGACAUGUUGGCUUGGGUGAAAAAGCGCAGAAGAACCAUCCGCAGAGAGGAUCUUAUUAGCUUUUUGUGUGGCAAAGCACCACCCCAUAGGGGUGGCAGGACCAGCACACGUCUGACCGUAGUAGCUCCAAGUCGUGCCAAUUCAUCAGCAGAGACCGGCUCCUCUGUAGAAGCAGAUCUUCAACCUUUCAGGGAAGCCAUUGCCCUGCAUGGUCUAAGUGGGGCAAUGGCCAGUAUUAGUGUGCGCUCUGGUGCUCCAGGGUCUCCCACACACAUUAGUGGCAGCAGCAGUAAUGGGGCAGGAGCAGGUGGAGGGGGGUCGUCGGGCUCAGUGUGCCGCUCAAGGCGGAAUGGCCUCCAGGAUGUGGACCUGAAUACUUUCAUCUCUGAGGAGAUGGCACUUCAUUUGGACUCUUCCUCUGCCGGAGGAACCAGGAAACGAAAUUCCAACCAAUGUAGUGAUGUCAUUACAGACUCCCCAACACAUAAACGUAAUCGGAUGAUCUGAUAUGCUCUCUGCCUCUGUGAAACGGGAGUGUGUGACUUGUGAACUCACAGCCGCUUGGAUUCUCUGCUGCGCACAAGAAUAUAUCGGCUGAAGUCCGUUUGCUUUUCAGAUAUUGGCUGUUGUUUCAUCUCCUUGUCGUGUUUCUCUGUGGUAUUACUAGGAAAUGGGAGGCAAUGAGAACCAUCGGUGUGCAAACAGCUGCUUGGAAAUGACACACACUUCUCAGGAAAGGACUGGGAGGUGCAGAGUCCUUCUAAAAUUAAUUUUGAAGAUUUGGAGAUUGUUACGUGGCACUUCUGGAACAUCCUACUGUCCUACUGCAAUACUGUGGGAAUUAACACAGCGUGGCAGGGUAGCAUACUACAUCUAAAGCUGCUUAUCAGUACUCUGUGUACAGUCUGUGGCUGGGAAGGAGGGACCCAGUGAAUUUGUCAAACACAAGUACCACUCAAGAACCCUUCUCCCAAAUCUUAGUGAGUCACUUAAAAGGGGCUCUGAAGCACUUUGCUCCUCUGAAAGUGAACACAACUUGAUCUCCUACAGAUGUGCCCUUUCCAUAUUGUGUCAUCCAUUCUCACCCACUACCUUAAAAUGGAAGUGAGAGCUGUAAUCAACAGUGAUUUAAAAUGGGUUGGGGGCACAACUUGUCAAUCUACUUGAGAAUGUUUUGUUUUUUUUCCUGUUACAUUGGUUCUGGGUAUGAUUUUUGAAAGUUUUCUUCAUUAACCUCUUUUGGUUGAGCCAAGCUUUGUAUUUUGCACCUGCCAGUGUUGAAUUAGCUUUGAUGCCACUGUUUGCAGUAGUGCUUGCCAUGUUUAUUCUUUAUUAAAAUGUAUUCAGGAUAAUCAAAAGGAAAUAAUGCUUUUAGUUAAGUACAAUUACAGACUAUGAUGGCCUGUUUUGCCUUCGUCUUACCCUCAAAGCUGCUGAAUUAAGUGACUGGGAUUAUGAGUUGCAAUAACAAUUUCUGCACUUUGUUUUCACCUUUUUAGUCAUGCAGUUUAAUCAGCUCUUCCAUUCUCACUUGUAGCCAUGUCGAACUAAAGUAACCCAAAACCUUUUUAGAUUCAGAUUUUGAUUUCAUUUGCCAACCUGUGCUGUAACAAACACCAAAAUGGUCCAUUUCUUUAAGAAAGAUUCAAGGUGAUUUGUAGAGUUUAAAAUUGAAUUUUGAAAUAUUUCAAAGCUUUAAAAACUGAAUUUAUCAUCAGUCACAUUUACAAUUCCAGAUUUGUGGUAUUUGUUUUAUUAUGAAACCUGGUUCUUCACGUUCAACUUGUCCUUAACUAAGUUUUAAUUACAAGUUCAUUUAUGUUGCUGAUUUAUAUAUUUGUCAGACAACCAUCCCCUUUUUUAUUUGGACUAUGAAUAGUUCAGUGUUUGGAAACACGUGUAGGGCUGCAGUUAACAAUUGAAAGUUUACUUAUCUUUAGUAGAGUAUGAAUGCAUAUAAAUCAAAACUGAACACUACGGAUUAUAACUUUUUUGUUUUGUUUUCUCCAGCAAAACAAUUCUGAGUACAUAUCAGUGUGUCAUAGUAAAAAAAACAUAACUCCAUGUUGAUCUUGUGAGUUAUUGCAGCCCUAAAGUAAAAAUUAUAUAUUCUACUUCUCAAUCUAGCAGUUGUAUCAUUUCGAGAAUGCUAAAUUAAAAACUUAAAUUAAUAAACUAAGUUUAUUAAUUACCAAUAGACUACACAAUCAUUUUCCAGUUCUCUCAGUUCAGGGGUCUUCAUAAUGAACCAUCUGUCCCCAUCUUCUCUUAUCCACUUUCUCAAAUGCGAAUAAUUUGAUUACUUUGGUUUCUGUACAUUAGUAUCUUAAUUUUGCAUUUAAUUCACAGAACUAUAAAGCUAACAAUAGUUAAACAAUCACAAACCCAUCUCUUUAAACCACUGUUUGACUUUGACCUGUAAUGCUCUCCUCCUUCUCUGAAUGUUUGAGUUCAGCUUGUGUUUUGACAUUUGCAGGCCUUAUUCUCAAAAGGCUAUGACUUUUCUUCGAUAUGUUGAAUUAGUAAAUAGUUAAUCUAAUAAAUUAACAAGAAACUGUUCAAAUGUGGUUCACAUUGUAAAAUAAAUUAUCAAACAAUUUGACAAGCA